UUGUUUUUUGAUUUCCAAUAUAUACUCCGUAAUUAAUUGGAUUGGAAAUGUGGGGAGCAAUUGGGUUGUUAAUUAUGGUGGCAGUGGCCACCAAUUAUGUGAUCCAAUAUUUUCACAAACGGUACAACUACCAUCCCAAGUGCAACGGCGGCGGUGCUCUGCCGCCGGGCUCCUUCGGCCUCCCACUCGUCGGAGAAACUCUCAGCCUCCUCGCCGCCAGCCAUUCCUUGGACCUACACCCAUUCCUCUCCAAAAGAUUUCAAAAAUAUGGGUUGGUUUUCAAGACGAGCAUAGCAGGAAGAGCAACAAUAGUAAGUGCCCAUCCGGAGCUGAACCACCACCUGUUCCAGCAAGAAGGGCGGCGCGUGGAGCUAUGGUACCUCGACACCUUCUCCAAGCUCUUCGCGCAGGACGGAGAGAGGCGGACCAACGCCGCCGGCGAAGUCCACAGAUACAUCAGAGGCCUCACCUUGAACCACUUUGGCGCUGAGUCCAUUAGGGCUCGACUCCUCCCUCCGAUGCAACAAACUGUACGCGCCGCACUCGACGCCUGGUGCGCCGCCCCCGGCGCCGUUGAGCUCAAACAUUCUAUUUCAGCGGUGGUUUUCAACUUCACCGCGAAAAUAAUGUUUGGAUAUGAAAGUGAAAAAUCGCAGAAAAUUCUAUUAAGUGAGAGGUUCACACACUUUGUAAAGGCUAUGGUUUCCUUUCCGGUAAACAUACCCGGCACCACCUUCUAUAAAGUUAUGAAGGAGAAGGAGAGGAUUAUGGAUAUGAUAAGAGAGAGGGUGAGGGAAAAAGGAAGAGGGAACGGCGGCGUGGACUUGCUUGAUCAGGCCCUACAAGACAUGCGCGCCCCACACGCCGCCGCCUUCUUGAACGAGGACUUUGUAGUGCAGGUGAUAUUUUCAGGUUUAUUUGCCAGUUUUGAGUCCAACUCUACCACCUUAACCCUGGCUCUCUAUUUUCUCUCCCAAAAUCCGGACGCUCUGGAGGAGCUUAGGGCCGAACAUGAUUCUAUAAUAAACAAAAGAGAGAAUCCAAAUUCAAGUGUUACAUGGGAUGAAUUCAAAUCCAUGACAUUUACACUUCAGGUGAUCAAUGAAACACUAAGGAUCGCAAAUACAGCUCCGGGACUGCUAAGAAGGGCUACAAAAGAUAUCAACUUCAAUGGGUACUCAAUCCCCGCGGGUUGGACAAUCAUGAUUGCCUCUUCUGCUCAUCACCUAAGCCCCAACACCUUCAAAGAUCCUCUUGCUUUUAAUCCAUGGCGUUGGAAGGUUAAUCUUAGACCUCAUUCUACUCAUCAUUUUAAUAACAAUGUUUUAUUCAAUGCUACAUUGCAAUUUUAGUCCUUUUAUUACUAGAUGUUGGGGGAGAAGCAACAAGUAGGAUACGACACCUACAAGGAUCAACUUCAAGACAACCAACCAAACACUUGACCCAAUUUACCACAAUUGAUUAACCAAGCACACAAAAUCAGCAGCACAUCAAAUAAACCACAAUCAAAUAUGAAGAAUAAAGAUGCAAACGACACACGAUUUUUAUACGUGGAAAACCCCUUCGAUGUGAAGGAUAAAAACCACGGGACUUAUAGGGAGUCCGCCCUCUUCUUCUCUUAUUAUGCAAAUUGAGGGUAAAAACACCNAUCAGGAUUAUCACCCAAAAACGCAGCGUCGCACCAGCUGCGAUUACAGAAGAUCCGUAGCUCCGAUUAAUGUGAAACUUGAACAGAUUGAAGCCCUAAGUGUUGGGAACAACCUCUGAAAAUUUCAGCUCAAUCCAACGGUUGGAUCUCCGGCGAUGAUUGAAUUUGUGCGGCUGGUCUGUAAAUUCUGCACCAGCACCUUUCCUCUCUCUAUUCUGUUUUUUUUUCUCUGCUCUGUCCGUAAGUGCACCACUGCCCAGCCCUUUUUUCUCCUUUUUGUUAGUCAACAAAGUAAAGGAAAAACUUUCCUAUUAUUGGACCCCCACAAAGAAAAAUGGAACCCAAAUGAAAAUGGGCUGGACCCACAACACUAGACUCACUUGGCAAUACUAGUCAUGUUUUUUUUAUUUUGGCAAUACUUAAAAUGGAUUAUAACUUUGUGAUGAAAGUUAUUUUUGUUAAUAUGAAUGAUUGUGUGCCAAACAAACAGAGCCUUGAUUCGAGUGCGGUGUGCAAGAAUUUCAUGCCGUUUGGGGGAGGGAUGAGACAGUGCGCGGGAGCGGAGUUCAGCAGGGCUUUUAUGUGUACGUUUUUGCACGUUUUAGUGACCGAAUAUGAAUGGAAUUUGGCCAACGAUACCUCGAACAUUUCUCGAAUGCCUUUCUUGAGUUUUGGAGAUGGUGUGCAUAUUAACAUCCAUCACCAAAACAAGAAAUUAUAGUAUUUGUU